AUGUUAAUUUGUUUUUUUCUACUAUUAAGCUCUAAUUCCUUAAGUAAAUUUACAAGAAUUAUAGGUGGGAAUGAUGCUGAUUUAGAAAAGUAUCCGUACAUGGUAUCUAUAAGGACAGUUAAUGGUGAAGGUCAUUAUUGCGGUGGUACAAUCAUUUCUAAUCGUCAUAUUAUAUCGGCAGCUCAUUGUUUUGAUAAAUAUCAUCAUUCCGAACUCAAAGUUUUUACGGGUAGUAUUUUAUCAACUUCUGAUAAACCUAAUUAUAGAAUCCUAGACGUUAAUAUUCAUCCUAAAUAUACUGGCAUAAUAUCAAGAUUAAGUACUUUAUACAAUGACAUUGCUGUUGCAACGGUUGAUCGAUGCAUUGAAUUUAAUCAAUUUCAAAAUAAAAUAAACUUCCCGAGCAAAAAUAUCGAGAAUGAAGCAAAUGGUAAAAUUAUAGGUUGGGGAAUGACGCACUAUCCAGGUAAAAUUUCUGAAAUACUUCAAGAAGCGUCUGUAUCAAUUCUUAAUAACACUGAGUGUGCUAAGUUUGUUCCACUUGCCAUUCAUGACGGACAAAUUUGCGCCUUUCAAAGUGUAGGAGUAGGUACAUGCGUAGGCGAUAGUGGUGGUCCAUUAGUUAGUAGUAAUGGAGAAUUCGUCGGAAUUGGUUCAUUUAUGAAUUUGUGCGCUUUGGGUGAACCGGAUAUUUUCAUUAGGGUCUAUUACUUUAUUGAAUUUAUUAAAGACGUUAUGUCUGCUACAUAUUUCCCAUCUUGCUCUAUUUCCUAAGAUGCAAUAUCAGAAGCAUAAUUUAAAUUAAUACAAUUUGUUAUAUGUUCUUCCUUUUAAAAU